AUGUCUUCUCUUAUCAAUAAGGUCAAGGACAAGCUCCACUCCGACAACAAGACAGAGCAGCCUGAAGGCACUCAUGGACCUCACAGCACUCGAACCGCCAAUGCUGCCGACCCUCGCGUCGACUCUGACCGCGACCACCGCGAGAACCUAGGCCGUCAUGAUGGCUCUUAUACCUCCGGCGGAGACAACUACUCUUAUGGCGGUGAUACUACUACCUCCUCAGGCGUGACUGGUACUGGAGGAACUUUUGACUCCAGCAAGGGUUCUACUGGCUUUGGCUCUACUGGCGCCACUGGCCCUGCCUCCAAGACUGCCGGCAUGCACAGCUCCAACAUUGCCAACAAGGCCGACCCCAGAGUAGACUCUGAUCUCGACGCCAGCCGCAACAUGGGUCUCCGCUCCGGCGGUGCCACUGUUGGAACUGGCACUGGCACUGGCACUGAUACAUAUGGAAGCUCCAACACACAAUCGGAAACCACUGGCUUUGGCACCGGCCCUGCCCCCAAGACUGCCGGAACUCACAAGUCCGACAUGCUGAACAAGGCCGACCCAAGAGUCGACUCUGAUCUCGACGGCAGCCGCAACAUGGGCCUCAAAUCCCACGGCGCUACCUACGAUGCUCCCAGUGGCAACACUGGCAUGACUGGUUCUUCCGGAACCGCAAUGGGCUCUGGAAUGGGCAGCGGCAUGGGCAGUGAUACCCUCACCGGCAGCGGUGCCACUGGCACCUAUGGCUCUACGGGCACUGACACCUUGGGCUCGUCUGGCACCGGCGCCUACGGUUCGACGGGCACUGAUACCCUGGGCUCGACUGGCACCGGCGCCUACGGUUCGACUGGAACUGGAACUGAUACCUACGGCUCCACUGGCACCCACGGCUCAUCCGGCCUGGGCAGCACGGGACACCAAACCAAGGACACCACUAGCAGUGCAUUCGGCGCUGGCACAGGCAGCGUCGGUGGAAGCUUUGGAACUGCCCACACUGGCCCAGCUCCCAACACAGCAGGCCCCCAUAAGUCUGAUACGAUGAACAAGGCCGACCCCCGCGUGGACAGCGACCUCGACAACAGCAAGACCUUUAUGGGCGACAAGACCUUUUCUCAGUCGGACAGGACGACGGCCAGGGAUCCCACAGAUGCUGCUCAGGUGCCGCCUUCAGUCUUGCGGAAGCACAUUGGCGAGCCGACCAUUGAGCAUGAUAAUGCCAAUUACGACCGCGUGCGGCGGCACAGCGUCUCUCACCAGGAACAGCAUCGUGGGUUGUAA